AAUUCUGGGUAAUGAAGUAUUCCUGCCUUGUACAGUCAUGAAGCUAGUUAGCUAGCCUCUGAGGCUCAGAAGUGCGACCAGCGGCUCAGUAGGUAUCUAACCCAGCACAAUGAUGAAUGGAAAGACGGUGAUAGUGACCGGCGCUAACAGCGGGAUAGGGAGAGCCACAGCAGCGGGCAUCGUGAGGCUCCAGGGCCGUGUGAUAAUGGCCUGCCGGGACAUGAGCAGGGCUGAGGAGGCGGCCCGGGAGAUUCGACAGGAGACUGGAGCCGACAGCACACAGCUGGUCGUCAAACAGCUGGACCUCGCCUCGCUCGCGUCCGUACACACUUUCUGUCGAGACAUAAUGAAGGAGGAGCCUCGGCUAGAUGUGCUGAUCAACAACGCCGGCAUCUACCAGUGCCCUUACACCAAAACAGAGGACGGCUUCGAGAUGCAGUUCGGGGUCAACCACCUGGGCCACUUCCUGCUCACCCACCUGCUCCUGAACCUGCUCAAACGGUCAGCUCCCAGUCGCAUAGUGGUGGUCUCCUCCAAACUCUACAAGCGCGGUCAGAUCAACUUCGAGGACCUGAACAGCGAGCAGAGCUACGACAGGGCCUUCGCCUACAGCCGCAGCAAGCUGGCCAACCUGCUGUUCACCUGCGAGCUGGCCCGUCGGCUGGAGGGCAGCGGCGUUACGGUGAACGCUCUGACUCCAGGCAUAGUGAGGACUAAUUUGGGGAGGCAUGUUCACGUCCCGGUGUUAGCUAAGCCCCUGUUUAACCUGCUCUCCCGGGGCUUGUUCAAGAGCCCUGAGGAAGGAGCUCAGACGUCGGUGUAUUUGGCCUGCAGCCCAGAUGUGGACGGCGUGCAGGGCAAGUGCUUUGCGGAUUGUCGGCCUCAGGUUCUGCUGGACAAGGCCACCGACCAGGAAGUGGCCAGCAAACUGUGGGACAUUAGUGAAGUCAUGGUGGGCAUAACCACAUGAGAUCUAGAAUGAAUUCAUCCAAAACAGGCUUAUCAUUACAGAGGCAAAUGAACUGUCUGAAGUAAUGAAAGAUUCCAGAUACUUAGUGCCUUGCAGCCACAGAGAGUGUUCCAAAGCACAAUGGUGUCACACAUUUUAUUUUUUUUUUUCCAGAUACAGAUGCUUCAUCCUCAAUCAAGUGCUUCACAAAACAGUAGGAGUACAGCAUGAUAGAAUAGUUUGUCUGAGGUUCUUAUCUACAGUGUGUUACCUACAAUAGAUGGCGGUCAACACGCAACAAAUUUGGAGCAUACAGCAUACGGGGAUCCCCGGCCCAGAAGCAGAGCAAUGUACUGCUGUGGACGAGGGAUGCAGAAAAAUGUACUUUAGCCACCUAAAGAAAAUCUUAUCAGUUUAAGCGUAUAUGCUUCAUACAUUAAGGAUAUUUUCACUGCUUUACCUCGCUGUCAGACAGCCUUUCUCUGUAACCGUAGAAUCUGCAGCGCGUGCCGGCAGCUUGCUGGUGUAGGUACCAGAUCAGCUCAGGGUCCACUUUGGCUAACGUCAGCAUCUGAAAUCUGCCUGUCUCUGUAGUGUAUGGUUCCUGUAUGUGUCACACAUACAAGUUGGAAAAUGAAGUGUUUCUGUCAAUCUUUGGUCUCUCUAAAGCCACCAGACUGCAUUGGAAAAAAAAUUUAAAUUGUGAUUUAGCAGAACUCUGGAGUUUCUGGCCUGCCACUAUAAGGCUUCAGUUUCCUGUCAGAAAGGUAAAGCAGUGACAAUAUUCUAAAUAUAGUGUACAUUUAAACCUAUAUUGAUUUUUUUUUUAUGGGGCUAAAAUAUGUUUUCCUGCAGCCCCUGUCCACAGCAGUACAUAGCUGAGCUUCUGUGCUGAUACUCAUGUCUGCUUCUUCAAACUAGAGGCUUACCACCGUAUACUGCAGGCCAUGCACUGACUAUGUAUAAGUAGCUCAUACAACCCCACUUUAAAAUAGCAGAACUAAGCUGAAGUGUGGUUUCCUGCAGCCACUGGUUACUGGUGCGGCUGCCAUGGUAUUAGCUUAAAGCGGUCACAUUAUGGCUGCAGGUCAGAGCACGGAGCUGACAGAAACAUCUGGGAACAUCUUCAUCUUCACUUGCGUGAUCAUCAGUCAUGCAUCUGCUUUCAGUCAGCGCUGCCAUCUUUGUAUUUUCCAAUUGUAAAGACGACUGACAGAGUGCCCCACUCCCUCUAUGUUAGAACUGUCUCUGAUUUAGGUAAGGGUCGGGUCUUUUUUUCAUUACUUUGCUUCGAGUUACAUAAACAUGUUUUUUGACAAAACCCUGUUUUCAUUAAAGGGCCUGAAAGCACAUUUUCUAAAUCAGCUUCUUCCAGUGAGUGGUAGGCUCGUAUAAGAGCACGCUACUUCCUGCCAAAGUGUUUUUUUUCUUUCUGCUCUUUUCCCCAGUUUGUAGUGGGCGGAGCUUAGUUGGAAAAUGUGAUGUAACAUAUUUCCGAUCAUGACUUAGUUACUUUUGAAAUAAAAAUGUCAUGACAUUUGAUAUCAAAUGCAAAAUGCUGUCUGAACCAUUGACAGUAUAUAUAAUGGACAGAGCUUCCGGGUAUGAAAGGUGAAGCCAACCCAGAAGUGUCUUAAACCUGCAUUCUAUGUAAAUUCAUUUGUAGAGCCCAGCCGAUAUGGGAUAUGAGACCAGUACCGAUUGUAGAGGGUAAAAAUUCACGGAUUACCAAUAUGGUAGCCAGAUGAAAACAGACCUUUUCUUUGUGGAUUAUGCACUGAUGUGACUCUGCAAAGGCACCCAGAAUGCUGCUUUCUUGAACAAAUAACUUAUGAAAGAUUAGUUCAGUUAAAUAUUUCUAAUCUAGUCAUUUCUGAAGCGGCUUCUUCUCUCUUACUCUGUGCUGCUUGCCACAGCAUUUUAAAUCACAGCUCACUCUGCUGGAUAAACUUUGCAGUGAAACCAAUAUAUCACCAUAAGCAUUCAUUUCUGCAUUAUAUACCGGGGAAAAAUACCGGUUUUCAUAUUGCGGUGUAUUGGAUAGCAUAUAUUCCGAUACCGAUAUGUCUGCGAGUAUCGGCCAAUAAUAUCAGCCAACCGAUAUAUCAACAGGGCUGUAUUCCUUUACAUAGAUAACAGCUGAAUGUAUGUUUUAAAUGGAAUACUGCCCAGUUAAAAUGGAGUAUGAAGAGAUCCAUGGUCAUGCCAUGACACUGAACAAUGUGUAGAACUGUUCUGAAGUGAUUUAAAUAAAUGAUGUAUCACAAUCUGAA